CAAGAAACAAAGUCGAACCUCAGGCAACACUCGAGGUGACAAAAACAAGGCAUAUGAUAGGCCACUGAAUGAGCUAGCUUGUUACUAUUGCGACCAACGAGCCUCAGACUAUACCCCAAACCCACAUCCAAGAGUGACGAAAUCUCACGAAGGAUGGAACCCACUUUAGCAUCAUGGAAAUCACCCGCUCUUAAUUUGUCAAUACUCACUUUGGCAUUCCCACAAAUAGCAACAUUCAUAAAGCCUUGUACCCGACACUCUUGAGUACAAUCUCGGGGAGCUAGCGUCUCAAAGAACAUGAGUGUCAUUGAUCACUCGAUACAUAUUUGUAGCAGCAACAAUUACCAAACCUAGGCCAUCACGUAUAACAAAAGUAGUCAUCCCCGAGGCAUCAUUACUAGUCGCACCAUCAAAGAAACCUAGAAACUCAGUUGAAUGAGAAGACGACGGAUCGGUAAUCAUGAAAUGAAGGUGAGAUUAAAGCUGGACAACACAAGUGACGUGCAAAAAUCAUAUCAUAGUAGUAAAUUCUAAGAUGUCUUAAGAUCAUAUUCCACAAGAACUUCUAAUGCAUCACUACUCACGUCAAACCAUCCAAUGCUUCAACAAUAAAAGUAAAAAUAUUUAGUGCAAUUUUCGAGUAACAUAAACAAUAACCAUCCAAUGCUUCUAAAGCAUUGAAUAAUCACAUAGAUAUGCAUACUCGAAUUCAUAUAUAUAUAAUCUAUAAAAUAUCAUUCUAUCCCUUCUAUUGAAGUCAUUCCCUACCCAUCCAUACGAAUCCAUUUACUGUCCAUAAAAAUAUCAGAUUUUGACAAAUCGGGCAAAUAUUAGUACCAAUCCGAAAGUUUAUUAGAACAAAUUGAGAGGUAGAAGACCCUUUCAAUACACAUUAGGAAUUUUAUUUCAUGAAUAAAUUGACUUCCCCCUCUUCUCCACCCAUGCAACGGCAUCCCUCUGAUUUUCAUCUCUCAAACUUUCCCAAACCAGUCUACCAAGCAAAGCAGCUCUGCAACUGCUUGCUACUGCCCUUCUUCCCCUGCCUCUUUGCCUCCAAAGCAGAACAAACUUUUGUAAACCAAUUCGGCGUUUACCCAUGUAGAAAUGGCAGCGGUUCCAUUUCUCUCCGCCAUGAAUGUUGUUGUUUCCAUUCUACACUAAACUUCUCCUUUUGCCAUCCUUACUUUCUCUUGAUGCUUAGCUACUGCUACCCAUUUCUCCCCAUACUCUGCCAAUCAAAACCCACCUCUGGAGAACAGUACCUUUCCCGUCUAAAUGGCCAAAAACGAAAGGCAGGAGGAAGAGACCACUCAGUUGGUCGAUUCCGGCAACAAUUUGAAGCGGUUGAGUCUCUACGAUCCGCCCGUUGCAGUUUUGGGAAUCUUUCUGAUCAUUCUCUCCGUAAUCCUCUGUUUCAUCUACUUGGAUUACAGCGAAGCUCUCGGUGUAGUGUACAGGGUUCCAAACUGGUUGCAGUUUCGUAACGACAUGGGAAGAAGAUUGGAUUUCCUGAAGGAGGAAGGGGAUGGGUGCAAUGUUUUCGAUGGGGAGUGGGUUUGGGACGAUGAUUACCCUCUCUAUCUCCCCAAAGAUUGCACCUUUAUAGAACAGAGUUUCAAUUGUAUACAAAAUGGACGGCCUGAUGUGCGCUUCACCAAAUGGAGAUGGCAGCCCAGGGAGUGUGACUUGCCCAGAUUUGAUGGGAAGUUGCUGCUAGAGAAGCUGAGGAACAAGCGGGUGGUGUUUGCUGGGGAUUCGCUGGGGAGGAAUCAAUGGGAAUCCAUGUUGUGCUUGUUAGCUUCUUCUGCUGUUGCCAACAAGGACUCGGUAUAUGAAGUGAAUGGGAAUUCAAUUCGGAAGCAGCGGCAGGGGACUCUGGUGUUCAAGUUCCAGGGUUACAACUGCACACUGGAGUUUUACUGGUCUCCUUACCUUGUUCAUCUUGACCAGCCUUCUUCUGGUGCGCCGAGGUCGAACGACAAGGUCCGAUCAACUCUGAAAUUGGAUCGAAUGGAUCCUAUCUCUCGCAAAUGGAGGGAUGCUGAUGUGCUGGUCCUCAAUUCAGGGCACUGGUGGACUUCUCACAUGUUUGAACAAUUGGGACUUCACUUCCAAAUCGGGCAAGAAGUGAAAAUGAACAUGAGCAUGGCGGAUGCCUAUAGAAAGUCCAUGGAGACUGUAAUGCAGUGGAUAAAGAAUGAAGUUAACACCAACAAGACGCAAAUCUUCUUCCGAACAUAUGAACCCCGCCAUUUCUUGUUUGGGGAGUGGAACACAGGAGGGAGGUGCCACGAAGAGACGCUGCCGGAGUUAGGGGCAGCUCCGGUACUGUCAUUACCACUUUGGACACAUAUACAAUUUGAGUUAGCAGCCAACAAGAUUCUUCCUAAUCGCACGUACGAUCUUCUGAACAUAACUGAGAUGUCUGCUAGAAGGAAAGACGGGCAUAUGUCUGUAUACUAUCUUAGCUCCCACCGAGCACCAAUGAGGAGGCAGGAUUGCAGCCAUUGGUGCUUGCCUGGUGUCCCUGAUUCUUGGAAUGAACUCCUCUAUGCUUUCAUCCUUAAACGUCAAGCUACGCGCCCUUAACUUGUCAUCGUCUUUGCCAUACCAGGCUCCGACGAACGGCGUCGAGAAAAAACAUGGAUUGAGGGAAAGUGCAAGAGGAAUUUAUGCAGGUGAGCGGCAAAACGGUAGAGAAGGGAAUGUUUUAUAGAUAGGUCAGAUCACACAAACCAUUCAUACAUAUGGUCUCCUCCUUUCAAGUGAGAUGUACACGUUGAAGGGCGACAUCCUUCAACUUGGUGUCGGAUUACAUUUUUUCCCAACAUGUCUUGCUUUUCAUGCCCUCGCAUGUGGUCUCGUGACUCUUUGCUCGAUUUACCUCAACUAUAUAUCAUAUCUGAUUGUUUGAGGUUGUGCCUUCUCUAAGCGGCACAUCGUGCAUUUUCAAUUUUGAUGUGUUAGAAAGAUAACCAUAAACACCUCUCUACCUAUGAAGAGCACGAUUGUCUAAAUAUGGCAAGGAUUCUAACAUAUUAUCAUUGACUUAUCUCUCGUCACGAAUAAUCAACAAGGACUUGGUUUAGUGAUAAUACCUCUAGUAGAGAACUUGGAGGUUUCAAGCUCGAAUUCCUUAAGCUCCAAGUGUGACUAACUAAGGGAAGUGAACCUGUCGUAGAAGCAAUAUAGUGGCAAGCAACAUCAUACCCACAGAGUCGAUGAAUACAAGUAAUAAGCUAUG